AUGAGCACUUUCCUGGGGCAAACUGGACGAGUGAAGACCGUUCAGAUGAAGGAGGGCAAGCAGGUCGUAGAGGUGCAGUUAGGAUCUGCUGAUGGGCCAAGCUUCGCCGUAGGUGUUGCAGCCUUGGAACUCCUGGGAGAUGAGGAUGAAGAAGAUGAGGAGGAUGUUGAAGUGGAUCAGAAUGAGGAGGAUGAAGCUGAGGAUGGACACGUGUAUCGGGUCAACGAGAAAGUAAGAGAUCUGACAAAGCCCAAAGGUAAAUGUGCCACUGGCAUAGUGACGAAAGUGUCUGAUCAAGGCACUUGCGAUGUGAAGUAUGAUGACGGCGGCACUCGAACUGGCAUUCCGCUGAAACAAUUGCGGCCGCUGGAAAAAGCUGAAUCUGAUGGCACUGGUCUAUCCUACACGUCUUCGCACAACGAGUUCGACUUUACCACGGGUCAGCUGCCCACCGGGGUGGAGGCUGUGGGCGAAGGUGUUGAGCUGAAGCCGGGCAAGGGCGGCGAGACGUAUCUGGUGAUGCGCAAGGGAACCUAUCUGAGGCUGCCCUUCAAAGGCAUGCGACACGAGCGUCUCCGGCCGGGGGAAGCUAUUCCAUCCUACACCCUGACUUUAGAGUUUCAGCUCGACAGCCAACAUCCACAACUGGAACACCCGUGGUCCGUGUACCAGGCCAGUUUUCCGGAGGUGCACGAGACCGAUGAGUUGUGCUUCGUUGCCAAGGCGCGUACGGAGUUUCCACAGUGGAUGGUUGGAACGGACAUCGAUGGUCGCUUGCCCGUGACGCUGGAGAUGGAUCCCAAGUCUAAGGCUUUGGCUGGUCUUCUACCUGGAACUGUCGUACAGCAGUGCGGCGAGGUGCUGCGGCUGCCCAGUGGUGCCCGACGGGUGCCGGUGAAGUUCAAGCGCCAGGCGCUCACCGCUGUGGAGGAAGAGGAAAUCACAUCGCAGAAGAAGAAACCUGCGAGUGGCGGCAUGUUCAAGGCUCCACCACCUGUGGGAGGUUUUGAUGGUGGCAAGCCCUUUGAACUCUUCGGCAAGGAGGAUGAGGACGACGAAGAAGAUCCUGGUGAAGAGGCAUCCACUUUCCAGCAUAAAAUGAAUGAGGACGAGGUGACGAUCACAGUGCAUGCAGGGUACUGGGGUGAGAGCACUCAAGCUGGCUGUGCCACCAGCAUCAAGGUGUCCUCCAACGGCAUCCAGCGCACACUCACCUUCUUCCCAGGGGUGGAGCAUGGGGCCGUGCGCGUGGAGGGUGAGCCGGAUGCGGACCUGGGCUUCAAACCGGCCACGCAGCGGUACCACAUCCUGAGUCUGACCAUGCGCCAGACGGGAACCCAUAGCUUUAGCAUCAGCGAUGGUGGCGAUCCCACCAACGUUUGGAGCAGCGAUUUUCGUCUGCAUGGCUGGUUGGAUGAUCUCUAUGGAGCCGCGGCAGUGUCUGUCUUUGAUCCAGAGGACAGGGAAUUGGAGCUGGGGCAUGAGAUGGCCUAUCAAUCGGAGGGUGAACACAAGCUGCGCUUGGUGACCUUGGGCGAUCAGGUCUUUGAAACGGAUGAGCUGGAUCCACAAGGAUGGGUCUCCUUCAACAGGACCCGUUUGGAGCCGGUGGACAAGGCCAAUACAAAGGCAUCCCGUCAUCCCACGUGCCAUGUGAAAGUGAAAGACAAAAUCCUGGACAAACGCUUAUUCCCAGGGCGCUGGCAUUCAUUGACGGUGACGGUGGAUAGUGUUCGUGAUGAGAUGUGCGUCUACUUGGAUGGCAUUGCUGUGGAUAAACCCAUUGACAUCUUCGAGAGCUUCGGCAUGGGCCGUGGAGGUGGUUGGGGGGGGCGCUUCCCUGCGGGUUUCAAUGGUUCCAGUGGUGGACGAGAGGGUGGGAAGGAUCGCAGAAAAGGCGUUUCAGAGACGGGAGCUGCAGAGUACGAAGCCUAUUCCUAUGGCGGCUUCGGUUAUUCCUUUCAAUCGCCCUUUGCUGUGCCACAGGAAGGCUUCCUGCUCUUUGCCAGCAGCAGCAUCCGCAGUAUGCCGGGAGGAACCAAGUUGAGGAAGGCUAUCUUCCGGAACACUAUCCUGAACGCCAAGUCCAUCGAAGAUCAGUAUGUGAACAGUCGCCACAAGCGCCGGCCACCGCAGAUCCCACAGAAUUUGACCCUGGCACCCAUCAUGAAGAAGAAGGCCAUCCCACUCUGGGUCCAUGGUUCCUAUGUGGCCGAGUUCUGCAACCCCUUCGUGCCGGCCGCAGGCGGACCUCCACAGCAUCUCUAUAGCGUCUUUUGUAUGGCGCUGGAGGCCACAGUGGACAAGAUGAGUGUGGGGAAGUUGUGGACUGCCAGUGACAUCAGUGGCUGCAAGAAGGUCUUGAAUCUUUUUCGAGAGAUGGACAUUCUGAUGUUUCAUGUUCCCAAGGCCAAGCCACCUGCGCCACCUGCUUUGUCCAAAGGCUUGUCUGCCAUCUACCUUCGUAGGUUGGCCCAAGCACGUGCAGAGCUUCAGCCAGGUGGACGGCUGCUGGUGCCGCUGGGUAUCCGCUUGCAGAAGGAAGCCCAGAUGCUGAUGCUGAUCAUGGAGCGGAAGGCGAGUGGCAACUAUCGUUUCCUGGUGGUGAAUAGCAGUCCCAUUGGCCUGAAGUACCACGCCAGCGAUGCGGGGCGGCCCCCGAAGAUCCGCUACCGCACCGCGCUGGAGCUGGACGAUAUCCCGGCCACGCGCGCGGAGGACGAAGGCUUUUGGAUGAUGCUGGUGGUUACCGCGGUGCAGCCCUGUGACCGCGACCAGCUGCCGUUGUACGACAAGCUGCUGCCGUGGCUCUGCGGCGCGCCCUUGGAGCAUCACCUGGCGACGGUGGCGCCGGCGGGUUUGGGCGCGGCGGAGUGGCGCUCCCCGCAGUGCGCGGCCACGGAUGGGUGGCGCUACCUGACCUUCAGCCUGCGGGUGCUGCUGCUGGAGGUGGCACAAUUUAGUACCUCCAAGGCCAAGUUGUUGAAGUGGUACCUUGGCUACUGCUUGGAUGGGGAGAUUUUGGAGUUGGGGAUGGUUGGCAGGCACAUGCGUGAGCAGUUGCUGUCCUUUGCAGCCACAGAUCUGGCCCAGGCUCAAUCGCUGUCGGUCUCAGAGAAGCGACUCUUGCGCCUGGGCUUGUCUCAGCUGUCGCUGGCAUCUGUGAAGGUCAGCGGCAACUUGGAAUUGGAGGCCUUUAAGGGCGGUAGCAACGGCAAAGAGCCCUCCAUGACGGUCCUGAGCCGCGCCCACAGCGUGGUCACGGAGAUUGAGGCGGCCAUCGAACGGAAACCCAGGCCCUACGGCUUCGAAGAUCCUUCGGUGCUGCCCUUGUUAGACCUAGUACAGGGCGCCCAGGAGGCGCCGGCCCACGACUGGGGGCUCCAUCCAUUCUUUGAGCGGCUGCUGCGGGAGCAGCGAUCUCCGGGGCAGAAGGUGGGCAUCCCAUUGCUGGUGCCCAUCAACUUGCUGGAAAUGCCGGAGACCAUCCCGGAUUUGGAGGCCGCCGUGCGCGCACUACGCCUCACAGAAGAGCUCUGCGCCAAGCUGUGCUUCGUGGGGCAUGAGCGAUGUCGCUGGGCAAUGUGCUAA